ACAUAUUCAAAACACUUAACGAAUAUAAAAGUUCGAAGCUUUUAUACGUUAAACUUGAUGCAUAUAUAACAUCGACAAACGAUUCGCUUUCCAUUUAGUUUCCUUUGAAACGUUGCUGAGGGAAGUUUGAGCGCACAUUUGAAUAAAAAUAUUUUCGUGCUUCUAUAGAAACUAGUAACACAUCUUCCGGUUGUAAAUUUCUUGUACAUAUGCGAAACAAUAGUCAUCCACAUUAUUUCUGUUCCUUUUUAAGGGUGUUCUGUGACCAAGUUAAAUUCGUAGAUAACAGUUAAAUCAAAAGAUCAGUUCCAUUUUAAAUUAGUUUUUCUGUCUCUUUCUGUAUGUGUGUGUUUGUUUAACCGUGAAUUGUUUUUUUCCUUAAUAACAAAUAAAAAAAAAUUGGAAAUCUAAAACAAAUAUCAAAUCAACGAAAUUCCAUUGAUUAUUCCAGAACCAUUUCUGUGAAAUAAAUUAGGUGUAACGUUAUGGUGUAGUGUCUAGUGAUAUAGUGUAACUACUGCAGUGUGGUGGAUACAAAUUAAAAUUGCUGUUAUUUUCCUAUUAAUAAUGGAAGCGAAAUAACAGAGUGAAAGAGAUAUGGCCGAAAAUACUGGAUUAUUAUCAUCAGGUAGUAGUGGAAAUAGUUCGAAUGCGCUUUCAAUGUCUCAAUCGAUAGGGGAAGAGCGCCUAAUGGUGGCCGUUAGAGUACGACCAACCACUAACGCUAAAGAGGAGAAAUGCGUACAAAUAUUGUCGAAAAAGUCAUUGUACUUUGACGAUGGCAGUAAGAAUAAACCGAAAAAGUAUAUGUACGAUUAUGUGUUUGACGAAGAUUCGACGCAAGAUGAAGUGUAUCAGACAACAACAUCGCCACUGAUCAAAGACGUUCUGCAAGGAUUAAGUGCUGCAGUAUUUGCCUAUGGAGCAACCGGUUCGGGCAAAACACACACCAUGCUGGGACCGAAUCCAAAAAAAGCAGCAACACCAUCAUCGGAACUUCCGCCGAAGACCACAUCAAAGCAGGGUGAUGGGCUGAUGGUGAAAGCCAUUGAUGAAAUAUUUCGAUAUGUGGACGAAUCGGACAAUCCUACUGAAUUUAAGGUUUCAAUAUCCUACCUGGAAAUUUACAACGAACUCAUUCGUGAUCUACUCAAUCCUGGUGGUCCGUUAGAAUUGCGUGAAGAUAACAGGGGUCAGCGCAUAACAGUAGCUGGUCUCUCUGAAAUAACUGCAAUAAGUCGUCAAGAAGUCAUUCAGUUGUUGCUGAAAGGGAAUAAAGCUAGAACCAUGGAACCAACAGCCGCCAAUCAAACAUCGUCACGAAGUCAUGCGUUGCUCAGUGUGUCGGUAAUUCAUACAUCGCCGUUGGGUACAAAGUUGGGACGUCUGUUUUUAACGGAUUUGGCUGGUUCAGAGAGGGCUAAGAAGACGAAAAAUCGCGGUAAACGUUUGCAGGAGGGCGCUCACAUCAACCGAAGUUUGCUUGCGUUAGGCAAUUGUAUUAAUGCUUUGUCGGGUGGAGCGAAAUAUGUUAAUUACAGAGAUUCAAAACUGACCAGACUAUUGAAGGAAGCCCUAAGUGGUCGCUGCAAAACUGUUAUGAUCGCUCACGUGUCACCGGAAGGUCAACAUCGGGACGAAACGAAAAACACUUUGGUGUAUGCGGAUCGUGCUAACCACAUCACUACAAGGCUUCAAAAUCCCGAACUCAUUGAAGAGACUCGCGAAUUUCCCACUCAUCAUUAUCAGAAUCUUGUGACUGAAUUGCGCGAGGAGGUGAAUCGAUUGAAAUCGAAAAUGUUAACCGAUCGACCGAGGAGUGGAAUAGCUGCAAUGACGCACAUAACACCAGACGAACAAGAAAAGAAGGCCGCACUAAGAUACCUGCGCGAGCAAAUCGUUUUAACAUUUAAACAGCAAAUGAAACUACGCCGUCGACUAUUGGAGGCGGAAAGUCAUUUACUUGGUCUGGAACUGGACGCAGAGCGUCAACACAUGGUCAUUUCACAUUGGCAGGGACGGAUGGGGAAAUUAUAUGAGAAUCAAAAUGAUAUUGAAGAAGGUAAAGGUGACCGUGAUUUGAAAUACUUUAAACUUUUCACUUUCUCAAUUACAGAGGAUUCGGAAUCGGAGGGCAGCCUUGCUUUGAAGUCUGCAUGGAGUGAGUUGGCUGCUAUCGAACGAGAAUCCAAGCGUUACAAACAAGUUCGCGAGUCAACUGAACAGGAUUUAGAAGUCUGCAGGAAGAAGGGCGUUGCUCUAGAAGACGAGCUUCCGGAACGUAUCAGUAGCGAUGAAGAACGAGAACUACUGGCCUUACUGUGCCGUGUCCACGAACUGGAAGCCGAUAAGGUCAGUCUACAAGCAGAUCGAUUAGCACGCCAGGCCGAAUUGAGGCGACGAGACUUACAGUUGUUAAGGGCAGAACGUCAACGACGACUGUGUGAAGAUAUAAUCAGUUCACAGCGAAAAUUGAUUGAAGAUGGUAAGGUCGACCUGCCAGAGCAGUUACGAGAAUUGUAUUCACUUUACCAGCAAGAGAUUCACGCGAGCACGUAUGCCGGACCAAUCUCAUCGCCAAGGGAACUUUAUGAGAGAAAAUUACCACCAAUUUACACACGAGGCCUCGUCAAUUCGCCGGGUAGUUCGAGUUCCAGUUCGGAUUGGUCACCGUCACCACUGCCUACAAGUGACAACCACGCACAAACGUCCGAGGAUCCCGAUAGACUGAUGGGUGCUCCAGUAAACGUAAUUCCAAGACUUCCAUCGAUUGUCAAAGGUCGCUCAAGUAGAUUUAGUGGUGUACCCAGCACAUCUAGCGAGGAUUAAAUUACCCGAUAUAUUCAAUUUAUCGCAAAAAGUUGUAAAACUCUCUUCUCUAAUAACCUUUCUUACAUCACCAAGAAAACAAACAAAUUGAUUAUUGAAACUGACAAAAAAUGGAUAUUAUUACGAAAUUGAAUUGUUGAUUGAUAUCAUAGAGGUACCAAGAUUGAUAUUAAUGAAACGUUUUGUUUUCACCAAAGAAAUUUUCCUGUCCUUUUUUUGGUAAUUUUUCUUUAACAUAAUUCCCGUUCGCCUCUAAUUAUGUUAAAUUGUUUGAGAGGCAGAAAUAACCAACCUAAUGAAAACGUUAUUCUAAUUAAGGUAUUUAAGUUAUUGAAAAAUGAAAUUGUACUUGAUUAUAAACCAAAAUAAACAAAAAAGAAAGAAAAAUAAAAAUUAUUAUUGAAAUGAA